AUGGGGAGCCUGGAGCUGGGCCGGGCGGGGGAGCCCUCGGCGGGGUCGGACCCCGGGGGCCAGGCGGCCGGGUCCUCCAGGUCCUGCCCGGGAAGCCCAGCUGACUCGGUGAUACCAGCUACGUGCUUCGUUCUGGUUGGUGGACUGCGUGAAAACAGAACCCAGUGGGCCAAGUACGGCCACCGUUGGUCGGUGGGCAACUGGAGCACCUGCAGCCGGACGUGCGGUGGGGGCAUUCAGAGCCGGCCCGUCCAGUGCACACGACGGGCCCACUAUGUGUUGGAGCGAGUGGCGGCCAUCCUGUGUCCGCAGCCCAUGCCCUCCAGCCGACAGGCCUGCCACUCUCAGAGCUGCCCGCCCGCCUGGAGCAUCGGGCCCUGGGCAGAGUGCUCUCGAACCUGCGGGAAGGGGUGGAGGAAGAGGUCCGUGGCCUGUAAGAGCACCAACCCUUCGGCCAGGGCGCAGCUUCUGCCGGACGCCGUCUGCGGCUCGGAGCCCAAGCCCAGGACUCAUGAAGUCUGUCUGCUCAAGCGCUGCCUCAAGCACAAGAAGCUGCAGUGGCUUGUGUCUGCCUGGACCCAGUGCUCUGUUACGUGCGAAAGAGGAACACAGAAGAGAUUCUUGAGGUGUGCUGAAAAGCACGUUUCUGGGAAAUACCGAGAGCUGGCCUCCAAGAAGUGCUUGCACCUGCCGCGGCCCGGUGUGGAACUGGAACGCGCCUGUGCCCCACUUCCCUGCCCCAGGCCCCCCCUGCACACAGCUGCAGGCCCCCCUCGAGCCAGCUGGUUUGCCUCGCCCUGGUCUCAGGUAGGGUGA